CCUUGAGCAGUGAGCGAGCAGAGAGAGACGAGAGAGUGUUUGGAAACGUGGAACGUCUUCUUGGACUGGUUGUCGACUUUGUGUUAAUUUAAUUUGCUGACUGGUUUUUCAUUUGCUAUGGCUAGCACAAUGCCGGGAGGAGUGCGAACUGAAAGUGACAGUUUUGGACCUAUUGAUGUACCUACGGACAAGUAUUAUGGAGCAAAUACAGCUCGUUCACUCAUUAAUUUCAAUAUUGGAGGACCCAGUGAAAGAAUGCCAAUUGCUGUGAUCCACGCCUUUGGUAUCAUCAAACGCUGUGCUGCUCAAAUAAAUGUGGAGUAUGGACUUAAGCCAGAUGUUGCUGAUCUUAUCAUCAAAGCAGCUGAUGAGGUGAUAUCAGGAAAGUUGGAUGACAGCUUCCCUUUGGUUAUCUGGCAGACAGGCUCUGGCACACAAAGCAAUAUGAACACCAACGAGGUCAUCAGCAACAGAGCUAUUGAGAUGGCGGGGGGAGAGAUGGGCUCAAAGACACCAGUUCAUCCUAAUGACCAUGUUAAUAUGGGACAGAGUUCCAAUGAUACAUUUCCAACUGCAAUGCACGUUGCUGUUGCUCUUGAAGUGAACUCCAGACUUCUGCCUGCAAUGGCUGCUUUGGAAACGGCACUGGAAAAGAAAGUAGAGGAGUUUUCUGGAAUCAUCAAGAUUGGGCGCACUCACUUGCAAGAUGCUGUUCCCCUGACUCUGGGCCAGGAGUUUAGUGGCUAUCUCCAGCAAGUUCGGUAUGGCAUAGAGAGAGUGAAAAGCACACUUCCUAGAGUUUCAGAAUUGGCGUUAGGAGGCACCGCUGUUGGAACUGGGCUCAAUACCAGAAUUGGCUUUGCUGAAAAGGUAGCUGACAAGAUUGCCCAGUACACAGGUCUCCCUUUUGUCUCAGCAAAGAACAAGUUUGAGUCUUUAGCAGCCCACGAUGCUAUGGUAGAAGUCCACGGUGCCUUGAAUGUGAUUGCGUGUAGCCUCAUGAAGAUCUCCAACGACAUUCGAAUGCUUGGCUCUGGUCCUCGCUGUGGUCUCGGGGAGCUGGGGCUGCCGGAAAAUGAGCCUGGCAGUAGUAUCAUGCCCGGCAAGGUGAAUCCCACCCAGUGCGAGGCGCUGACUAUGGUGGCUGCUCAAGUGAUGGGGAACCAGACAGCAGUCUCUGUGGGCGGGAGCAUGGGUCACUUUGAGCUGAACGUCUUCAAACCCAUGAUUGUCAGCAACGUGCUCAAGUCGAUUCGCCUUUUGGCAGAUGCCUGUGUAUCUUUCACUAACAACUGCGUUGUGGGUAUCGUGGCCAAUGUGGACCGAAUCAACUCACUCCGUGACGAGUCAUUGAUGCUGGUGACGGCCCUCAAUCCUCAUAUAGGUUACGAUAAUGCCACUAAGAUUGCCAAGCUGGCGCAUAAAGAGGGCUCUACUUUGAAGGAGUCUGCUCUGAAGCUGGGCUUGCUGACCUCUGAGCAGUUUGACCUUUGGGUCAGGGCUGACCAGAUGGUCGGGCCACAGUAGAGGUGGAUGUGUGUGUCGCAGCCUUGCUUUUAUACCUCUGUUCCUCAGAGGGAUUUUUUUUCUCCUCAAAGUCAAUGAAAUUUUGGAAGGGAGCUAAUUUUACUCUUUUUGCUUCUUGUACUUAUUUGUAGUCUAUUUUUGUGGCUUAUGUGAAGUAAACAUUUAAAAUAAUACCAACUUUUAGUCUGAUAUACCAAUAUAACUUUUCUUUUAGAUGACGACAGACAAGAGAGGUUUUUUCCUCUGCUUCUGUGCUAAGUCAAUCAAAAGUUCCGAUUUAAGCUUUCUUUAGUCAUUCCCUAUAUCUUUUGUGACUGACCCUUCUUGAGUAGGGCGAAUGUUAUUUGUUGACAGAAAGGUAGAGUCGUGUCAGAUGUUCUACUGAUAAAGUCUCCCUGUUACUGUGGUGACUGCUUCAGGUGAAUGUCAUGUGCUCUUUGAUAGUUUUUGUUAACAGUGGAUGCUGUUCUUGCGCUUUUUUUGGAUUGGAUUUGGAUAAUAUCUACAUGUCCAAAUUGUCCAUAACGGCCACCUGUUGAAAAGUGGUUGUCUUAGGUGGACUUCUUGGAUAAUGUCAUUAUGA